AUGGGCGCCGCGCUGAGGAACUCCAGCUCAAAACAAGACAACUCAGGGUCAUGUGCAGGUCACGUGACCGCUGGAUUCGAUCUGAAUGCCCAAACUUUCCAUUUGGUGGGAACCAACAAGUUGAACCUCCUGCAGCCUCGGGGUCAGUUCGGAACCAGAUUGCAUGGCGGCAAGGACUCUGCCAGCCCUCGAUACAUCUUCACCAUGCUCAGCCCUUUGGCCCGCCUUCUUUUCCCAAUGGAUGACAACCUGCUCAAGUACAACGUUGAUGACAACCAGCGUGUGGAGCCGGAGUGGUACCUGCCCAUCAUCCCCACUGUGCUGGUGAACGGUGCCGAAGGUAUCGGCACAGCCUGGGCCAGCAAGAUCCCCAACUACGACGUACGAGAGAUCGUCGGCAACAUCCACCGUAUGCUCAACGGCGAUGAGCCUCGGCCCAUGCUUCCAAGCUACAAAGGCUUCAAAGGCACGAUUGAGCAGGUGAUGGACAACCAGUUCAUCAACACUGGAGAGGUGGCCAUCAUUGAUUCCACCACCAUUGAGAUCUCCGAGUUGCCUGUCAAAACCUGGACGCAGGUGUACAAGGAGAACGUGCUGGAGCCAAUGCUGAAUGGAACAGAGAAGGUCCCUCCUCUGAUCACAGACUACAAGGAAUACCACACCGACACCACUGCGAUUUAUCGUCAAGAUGACAACAGAGAAGCUGAGUGA